AGCAGCACAAUGUGAGAAUCGAUGGAAAGGAGGAGAAAAGACACAUCACAGUCAUCAACACUCACCUGCUCGAGCCAAAUCUCUCACAUCAUCUGAUAAUCCAGAAAGUGAGAGAGUGUGUGUCUCUGUCUGCUCCAGGACCUCAUGUGAUCAUACUCGUACUGCAGUACAAAGACUUCAGUGAGAACGACAGUCAGAGAGUAAAAACUGUGCUGAACCUCUUCAGUGAGCAGGGCAUGAAACACACUAUAGUGGUGACUACUGAUGAAGAGACACAUUGGUACAUAUUGACUUAUAGGAAUAAUGCUAUUCAUGAUUUAAUAAAGGAGUGUGGAGGAAGACAUCUUCAGUUUGAUACAAGAAACCCGGGAUGGCGAUCAGAGUUGUUCAGAAAGACAGAGGAGGUUCUCAUUGGUAACAUGUAUGAGGAUGGAGUUGAUGGAUCAUCAGUGGAUUUAGUCAGAGAUGACAAUGAAGAGGAGGAUUCUGAUCUCAGAGAGUGCACAGAAACAGGAUGUGAUGGAAGAGAAACACUGUUAAAGGCACCGAUGGAAAAACUGCGGAAAUCAUUUCAUAUGUGGUUUCAGUCACAAGCUUCAAGAGAAAGAGAAGAUGAAAUAAGGAUUGUGCUGCUGGGAAAAACUGGAGUCGGGAAAAGUUCAACAGGAAACACCAUCUUAGGAAGAAAAGUGCUUAAAUCAGACAUUUCUGAAACAUCUAUUACUAAAGUGUGUCAUAGAGAGACAGCUGAAAUCAACAGCAGACACAUUACUGUGAUCGACACUCCAGGACUGUUUGAUACUGAUCUCAGUAAUGAAGAAAUCCAGAGAGAAAUCAGCAACUGCAUCUCCAUGAUCCUGCCUGGACCACAUGUGUUCAUCAUUGUGCUUAAUUUAGGACAACGAUUCACUCAAGAAGAGAAAACAGCAGUGAAGAUCAUCCAAGAGACGUUUGGUGAAAACUCUUUAAAGUACACGAUGGUGCUCUUCACCAGAGGAGAUGAUCUGAAUGACAAAACCAUUGAACAGUAUCUGGGAAACCCUGGAUCUGCUUUAAAACAGCUGAUUGGUGUGUGUGAAAACAGAUAUCAUGUGUUCAAUAAUAAAGAGACUAGAGACCGAACACAGGUGACUGAUCUACUGCAGAAGAUAGACAACAUGGUGAAGACAAACGGAGGGAGUUACUACUCGUGUAAGAUGUUCAGAGAGAUGGAGAGAGAAAACAAGAACAACAGAAGAACAUACUGAUGGAGAAAGUGGAGCAAGUAAUCAGAGAAAGAGAAGAACUGAUGAACAAACAUAAAGAAGAGAAAGAGAGGA